CCCAGCUCAAACGUAAACAGAUAACUGCGGAUUCCUUUUAUCAGCUCCCAGCGCUGAGCAGAGUUCCACUUUGGGCUGAAAUCAGGAGGAUUCAGAUUUGGGUUGUUUUCUCGGAGAGAGGCGGGCAUUGUUGCAGUGAACCUGCAGGCCGGGGGAGAGAGGAGGAGAGGAGAGAGGAGUGCAGAGCCCAUGGGACAGAGCAAGAGGAGGCUGAGUGAGAUCGUCAUGGUCACCCGCUUGACCACCUUGCAGCAGGAGCUGCUGAGCGCUUUGCUGGGGUCGGGGUUGAGCAAGCAGACCCUGCUGGAGGCUCUGGGGGAGAUGGAAGCCUGCAGGCCCCCCCAGGCCGAGGAGAGCCCCCUGGAGGAGGGGGAGGACGAGCCACAGCUGGGGGGGGUGGAGGACAGCUCGGAGGAGGAGGGGGAGGAGUUUACCCCCCCUAUAUUCAAGGAGCUGGAGGCCCUGAGCCCGGAGGAAGCAAGCCGACAGAGAGCCUUGGUGGACAGGUUCUUACAGCAGGACUCAUGGCACGUGGCUAAGAUAGUGAAGAGCUACAUGCAGCAGCACAACCUCCCCCAGAGAGAGGUAGUGGAUUCCACCGGACUGAACCAGUCCCACCUCUCCCAGCACCUCAACAAGGGCACUCCCAUGAAGAGCCAGAAGAGGGCAGCACUGUACACCUGGUACGUGCGCAAGCAGGGAGAGAUCAACCAGCAAUUCACCAAUGCCAGCCGGGGACUGCUGGGGGAGGACCCCAGCGAGGAGCUGACCAAUAAGAAGGUGCGGAGGAACCGGUUCAAGUGGGGCCCCGCCUCCCAGCAGAUUCUCUUCCAGGCCUACGAGAGACAGAAGAACCCGAGCAAAGAGGAGAGGGAGGCGCUGGUGGAAGAGUGCAACAGGGCGGAGUGUAUCCAGCGUGGUGUGUCCCCCUCUCAGGUUCACGGGCUGGGCUCUAACCUGGUCACGGAGGUGCGGGUGUAUAACUGGUUCGCUAACCGGCGCAAAGAGGAGGCGUUCCGUCACAAACUGGCCAUGGACUCGUACGGGAGCCAGCCCCCCCCUCCCCACAGCGCAGCCUCCGGGAGCGGGGCUGGAGCACACAACAGCAACCCCCUCAACACUACCGGGCUCUCAGCCAGUCCUGCACACGGAGUAAGGUACAGCGAACAGCAGGCCAACGAGGGGCUGACAUGCAGCAUCAGUCACCAUGGAAACAGCGGCAUGGUAACCACACAGUCUAUACUGCAGUCUGUGUCUCCUCCCGGCCUAGAGCCCAGCCACAGCCUGCUGAGCAACGACUGCAAACUGGUGUCAACUGCAGGAGGGACCCUGCCCCCAGUCAGCACCCUGACUGCACUGCACGGCCUGCUCCCCCACUCCGCUCACACACACCCCCAGACCCAGGGGCUCAUCAUGGCCUCGCUGCCCAGCGUCAUGACCAUCGGCCCGGGGGAGUCCUCCUUCGUCAUCGGUCUCGCCUCCACGCAGUCUCAGAAUAUCCCCGUCCUCAACAGCGUGGGGGGCGGGCUCACAGCUCUCCAGCCAGUGCAGUUCCAGCAGCAGCUGCACCACGGACACCAGCAGCCAAUCAUGCAGCAGUUUCAGAGUCACAUGGCCCAGAACUCCUUCAUGGCCACCAUGGCGCAGUUUCAGUCCCCGCACAUGUACAGCCACAAGUCAGAGCUGCCCCAGUACGCCCCCACCAGCCUCUUCCCUCAGACCAUGGUGAUCACAGACACAGGGAACCUCAGCACUCUCACCAGCCUGACCGCCGUCAAACAGAUUCUGACCUCGGAUCCCGACAGCCAGUUGAAUACUCCGACCCACACGCCCGUGUCGCACUCCCAGGACGGGACCCUCCACCUCCUGCAGGGCAGCCCACCUGUGGCAGUGUCCUCUGCAGGCAGCCUGGUGAUGUAUCAAACCCAACAGGGCAACGAGAGUCACCCCCACCUCCUGCACCCCCCCCAGGGCACCAUAGAGACCUUCAUCGCUGCACAGAUGACCUCCUCCUCCUCCUCCUCACAGUAGCACACAUUCUGGAAGCAGAGAACAUCCCAGACCCUCAUCUUCACCCUGGCUGCACUAGGUGGUCCGGCUGAGGCUCCACACAGAGCUGGGAGGGUGAACCCUGGUGUGCUGGAGAAGGUUCCCCCUCUGCUCUCUCAUAUAGUGUAACUGAACCAAAGAGCUGCAAACAACGCCCUUGCAUACCCUGUGCUGGGCAGCCUGUCCAUUGCCUUUGCCAUGCAUGAUCUUUCUCAAUGUUUUGUAAAAAAAAAAUAUUUUGUUUGAAUACACUUUUGUUGAAACCUG